CGAAAUCCGCCCGCCCAUAGUUUGCUGGAUAUAGCAAAAGCCAUUUUAUGUACAGGCACCGUUACGCUCGUGGACUCCUAACAUCACCUCCUCACUCUGAACUGCUCACGACGAGACGCUCGCUCGCUAUCUCAAUUACCCACUCUGAUUGUAUCAGGCAAUAUCUACCAAAAAGCUUGUCACUCCCGCGCUGCCUACAUAAUGGCCGCCAAAAAGCCCCAAGCCGUCUCGCUGGAUACUAUGCUCAAGGAAGAUCGCCAGAAGCGAGGAAAGAAACGCGAACUCGAAGAAUUGGCCGAACAGAUUUUCAAGCGGUCACGUACUCCGGCUGGCCGCGCUGCGCCCACCCCGGGAGCCAGUCUGGCGAGCCGUGUCGGCAUUUCGAAGACACUGACCGACUCAAAGAGACCUGCAUCUUUGCCCCGUACAAGCAGCGCACCAGCACGCGCACCUCGCCCAGCUGCCCAUCUGAGCCGUCCAUUGGCGAGGGAAGCCCCGCGACCGAGCACACUCUACACGUCUGAUGUCGUUGGCGAAUCUGUUGACGACAUCCAGCUGGACUACGGAGACGUGGCUCCGCAUGGGGCUGCUGGAAGCAUCAACAUCCGAGGCGCUGCCUCCACCGGACCGCACGUUGUCAUUGCACAGAACUUUGCGCCUGGGACGACAGCUGCCGACAUCGAAAGUGUGAUGCAAGAUGUUGGAGGUGAUAUGACGGAAUGUCGGUUGAUAGCAUCCAAUCCCACUGUGAUUGCUGAAAUGCAUUUCGUGGACAAGAGUGCGGCGGACAACGUGGUCAGGACGUUCAACAACAAAAAGGUAAGAUUGGGCGCACAGAACUACAUUGCCGUUAGACUAAUACCUUCUCAGGCCGAUGGCCGUGUUCUGCAUGUGUACUGGAAAUCGCAGACAGCAGGUCCUGCGAGAGCGAAUCAGCGCAGUCGACGAUCGAUGCCACAUGCUCCAGAACCGGAGAGAGCGUUCGCAGCAGAAGAGAUGGAAUUGGACGACAACGUUGCGGCGCGAGAGGAGAACAAUCGUGUCCGUGAGGAGCGCCGACCUGCUCCCGCUCGUGGACCCGCCGAAUUAUAUCAAACAGCGCCUAGAAGAGAUCGGGAGUUCGAAGAAAACUACCCUCGUGGCCCGGCUCGCGUCAAUGAAAAAGGGCACCAAGCGAACUUCCGGGGCAACGGCUACAACCGUGAGGAUGGCUACAGUCGAGGCGGUGGUGCCGGUGGUCGGGGACAGAAUCGUCAAGAAGGCCGCCUUUACUCGGAAGACCAAAGACGACAACAGCAAGGCUGGCGCUGA